AUGGAUGAGAAAUUCCUCGAUCGCAUCAUGGGCGAGGUGGAAGGUGUAGGCAAGGUGGAUCUGUUCACCGGUCAGCUAUGGAAACGAUGGAAGCGAUUGCGAGAUGAGGGGGUCGUCCAGCCACUCCAACUGGGUAUGUUCCGGUCGGACUAUAUGCUACACGCCCCAAGCGAUGGCACGCCUGCCUCGCUGAAGCAAGUUGAAUUCAAUACCAUCUCGUCUUCAUUCGGUACACUGUCUCAGCGAGCUGCCGGUAUGCACAAAUAUCUCUACAAAUCCACGCAGUAUUAUAAUGCUUCCGGGCAUCUGAAGGAAGCGAACUUUCCUUCUAAUCGGACCACUGCAGGACUCGCUGAGGGACUCGCUGAAGCCCACAAGGCGUAUGGGGUCCCAAAUGCCCGCAUCCUGUUCGUAGUUCAGGAGGGCGAGCGGAACGUGUUUGACCAGCGGUGGCUCGAAUACGAGCUGCUGGAGACACAUGGUAUCCACGUUGUGCGACAGAGCCUAAAUCAACUCGCACACUCUGCUACUGUCGAUCCAUCCACUUGUGCGCUCUGCAUAGUCCCACCUGCUGGAUCUACUGGGCCCGUAGAAAUUGCGGUCGUGUACUUCCGCGCAGGCUACACGCCCACCGACUAUCCCACCCCUGCACACUACGACACACGGUACCUGCUCGAGAGCUCGCGUGCGAUCCAGUGUCCGUCCAUCCAGCUCCAGCUCGCAGGCGGCAAGAAGGUCCAGGAGGUGCUCACGCGCCCCGGUGUGCUGGAAGGCUUCCUCUGUGACGCGUCCCGGUGGGGGAGCGGCGUGCUCCCGCAGGAGGACGUGGACGCGCUGCGCGCCAGCUGGAUGGCGAUGUGGGGCCUCGAAGAAAAUGGCGGCGUGCAAAAGGCACAUAUGCUCGCGCAGCGUCUCGUAUUGAAGCCGCAGCGCGAGGGUGGCGGAAACAAUGUGUACAAGGAAGCCAUCCCGCCAUUCCUCGAUGACCUUCCGACCAAGGAGCGCGAAGCGUGGAUCGCGAUGGAGUUGAUUGCGCCGCCGGAGGGACUGGGGAACUAUUUGGUGCGCGCAGGCGCGGGGACAGAGGGCGCGGUGCAGGCGGAUGUCAUUAGUGAGCUGGGAAUUUUUGGAUGGGCGCUGUUCGGUGGGAAAGAUGGGGAAGUGAAGGAGAAGGAGGUGGGGUGGUUAUUGAGAACGAAGGGAAAGGAAAGCAACGAAGGUGGCGUGGCGGCCGGGUUCUCCGUCUUGGAUUCGAUCUUACUUGUCGAUGACUGA